GGUUGUAAAAAUGCCUUAUCCACCCUGUCACCAUAUACUACCCUUCUCCCCACCCACAGUUUUGGUCUUUCUCCCAUCGGUUUCUCCAACCAAUAUUCAGUCAUAAACUAUUUCUUCUAUUGUUGCUAAAUACUACUCGCUUACUCAACCACUUGAUCAUUUGGGGUUUAUCGCCUUCUUUAACCCAUCGAAACCGUUUAUUCCAUUCAACCAAGAUCCUAGUUUACGGUUUCAGUCUAAUUUCUCAUUUGGGUUGCUUUCAAAUUGACGUAGUUUGAUCACACACCCAAUCUUUUGGUGAAUGCGAGGAUUUGAAAUCGUCUUGGUUUGAUUUGAGAUUGAGGUGUAUCGAUUAAUAAUCCAAUCUUUUGGUCGAUAAAAGUGAUCUGCUUUGUGGGUCUGUAUCCAAUUUGUAGUAAAUUCACAGUCAAAAUUUGUCAAAUUGUCUAGGGUUUUCUGGUUUGAUUUCAAGUUUUGAGUAUGGUGGCUAUAAAGCUUGGGAUGCUUCACUAUGUUUUGGACCAUGUGUAUGGUGCCUUCAUGCACAGAACAAUGCUAAGCCCACUGUUCUUUUCAAGAGGAUGGGGUGGUACACAGCUUGAUCUUUUAGAGAAAAUGAUUAAACAGAUUUUCCCAGUAGUUGGAGGCCAGAAUUUGCCCCCAAGAUUGAUUCAACCCAUUUGGAGAACAGUUUGGGAAACCAAAAGUGCUUGUUUGAAAGAAGGAGUUUUCAAGACUCCAUGUGAUGAACAGCUUAUUAAUGCAUUACCUCCUGAGAGUCACAUUGCAAGAGUUGCUUUCCUUGCCCCAAAAUUUGUGCCAUCCCACAAAAUGGCUUGUGUUGUUCAUCUUGCAGGUACCGGGGACCAUAGUUUUGAGCGAAGAUUGCGUCUUGGUGGGCCACUUUUGAAGGAAAAUAUAGCAACCAUGGUUCUUGAGAGCCCUUUUUAUGGACAAAGGCGCCCAUUGCUGCAGACUGGUUCAAAAUUGUUAUGUGUGAGUGAUUUGCUGUUAUUAGGAAGAGCUACCAUUGAAGAAGCACGCAGUCUUCUACAUUGGUUAGAUUCUGAAGCAGGUUACGGGAAAAUGGGGGUUUGUGGUCUAAGCAUGGGUGGAGUACAUGCUGCAAUGGUUGGAUCUUUACACCCUACACCGAUUGCUACAUUCCCAUUUCUGUCUCCACACUCGGCUGUUGUGGCAUUCUGCGAAGGGGUAUUGAAGCAUGCGACUGCAUGGGAGGCACUGAGACAGGAUCUUUCGGCCGCCAUGACACUUGAUGAAGUCCGAGAGCGUAUGCGACAGGUGUUGUCUCUCACAGACGUCACACGCUUUCCCAUCCCUAAAAACCCCAAUGCUGUUAUUCUUGUUGCUGCUACUGACGAUGGAUACAUCCCUAAACACUCGGUGUUGGAGGUCCAAAGAGCUUGGCCUGGAUCAGAAGUGAGAUGGGUAACGGGUGGCCACGUCUCAUCCUUCAUUCUCCACAACAAUGAAUUCCGUAGAGCCAUUGUCGACGGGCUCAACAGAUUACAGUGGAAGGAGUCCCCGUUAUGACCAUAAAUCAUAAGGUUAGAGGAAACAUCUGCAUAUAUAUUUACUAGAUUUGUUUCCAAUUUCUCCUGUACAUCUUCUGCUGGUUUCCCCUUUCUCCUUGUUACAAAUGCUGACAUCACAAUGUUUCUGUGGUGGAUUUGAUUUAAUUUAAUUGAUUUUAGCGC